AUGUUCAAGGCUCUUCGCCGACCAGAUGGGAUGGGAAAUUGGGAUGAUCAGCCUGGGCCUGAUUACAAAGAAGCAAGAAAUUGGGAGAAGCGAGAACCAAGACAAUCAUCAACACCAGAAGUACCAAUACCAUCACCAUCACAAGGAGCACCGAACGCAUCAUCAUCACCAGGAAUACCAAAACCAUUUCCACAAAUCAAUUAA